GGCGGUCUUUAGUCCGUUUUGGUUGGCGGUCUAUUUAGGCAGUUCUCACUUUCCCCUAUAUGAUGUUCGUGUUGAAUAAUGGGAGUUCACUUCCCCCAUUGAAUCUUAUAACCAUGGCUACUGUAAUCGAAGCAAAUGGGCCAGUUUACAAUGGACCUGGAGCCAGCAAACCUAGCUCCCCAUUUGUACUCUGUAAUCUCGAGUUAUCUCAGCGUGCUGCUGUAGAAAAGGCCAAAAAGUAUGCAAUGGAACAAAGUAUACGUUCGGUGCUUUUGCGUCAAACUCAGUCACAGCAAUCUCUUCAACUAAAUAAUAUAAAAAAGAAUCAAACUGUUGCACUUUUGAAUCGGGUUUACGUUGGUUCAAUAGCAUAUGAUGUAAAGGAAGACAGUCUAAAACAAGUGUUUUCACCGUUUGGUCCUAUUAAGUCUGUGAAUUUAAGUUGGGAUCCUUCUACACAAAAGCAUAAAGGGUUCGCAUUUCUUGAGUUUGAAUACCCCGAAGCUGCACAAUUAGCUAUUGACCAAAUGAACGGUACUAGCUUUGGUGGGAGGCAGUUAAAAGUUGGUAGACCAAGUAACCUAACAAACGCCGAACCUGUCAUAAAUGAGCUAGUUAAUGAGCACAAUCUUCAUAACCGCAUUUACGUUGCUGGCAUACACUUAGAUCUCACUGAAGAUGAUGUUUCUUUAGUAUUUGAAGCUUUUGGGAAAAUAGUGUUUUGCAAGCUUCAACCUGAUCCAACUAGACCGAUGCGCCAUAGAGGUUUUGGUUACAUAGAAUAUGAAUCCACUCAGAGUGCAGCUGAUGCUGUUGGUAGUAUGAAUCAGUUCAAUCUUGGUGGACAGCUUUUGAGAGUAUGCAAAGCUAUCUCACCCCCGGAUGGUAUUUCAAGUGCCAGUUCUUCUAAUCUCCCACCAGCGGCAGCAGUGGCUGCGGCUUCGGCCACUGCUAAAGUUCUAUCAAUGGAAACAGAGCAGCUCCCUGUGAAUUCUUAUUCAAAGCAACCCGAAGUGGCUCAACCUGUAGUACUGAAUACUCUGUCCUCCACAACAACACAGUCUACCAAUCUUACCAACAGCUCUUUACCCACAUGUUCUCCCACAACAGUCCCAACUACUGGUCAAUCAACACUUGACCAGCCCUCAUUAAGUGCUGAAUUUAAUGCAACAUUCACACAUGUGAAUAAUUACAAUGAGAAUUCUAAUGCUGUUGCUGUAGGGACUUGGCAACCUGAGGUUCCUGGGCAAUAUUCACAUGCCCAACCCUCCUCUGCAUCUCCAAGUAGCUUCACAUCUCAUUCUGCUUCCUCCGGAAAUCCAAACUUUUUCUCAGGCGGUGUUUUGAUAUUACGUAAUAUGGUCGGUCCAGAAGAUUGUGAUGACGAACUAGAAGGAGAAGUGGCCGGAGAGUGUUCGAAAUAUGGGUCGGUUGAAAAAGUGUUAAUUCACCAAGACAGUGCUCAUGAGACAAAUGAAGAAUUCGUCAAUAUCUUUGUUGUAUUUUCUGACCCGUGUUCAGUACACAAUGCUGCAAAUGCAUUAAAUAAGCGUUACUUCGCUGGAAGACAAAUAACUGCCGAGCCAUAUGAUGUGGAAGCUUUUAUGAUGAAUGACUUAUCUCGUUAACUUUUUAGGUGUACCGUUUCUUCUAACAGCCUUGUUUCUUGUAAAUACUAAAUAUAGACAUGAUUUUGAUGUUAUUUUCAGAGACUAUCUGCAAGUGCUUGUUUCAAAGUGUAAUGAAUUAUGGUGUAUCAAUGUUUGUUAAACGAAGUUGAGCAGGCUAAUUUCUCUACGCAAUUCACACACAAUCCAAUUUAUCUAAAAAAAAACUUAAGUAAAGCGUAGUUAGUUGCUUAGCCUAACUUUCAGUGUGCCAAAGGUACUGUGGAUGGAUUUAAAGAUAUUCGUUAGGACAGUAAAAAUCCUAAUUCGAAUAUACAGUAAUAUAUGAAUAGAGCAAAGAGGCAUUUCUUUCCAACUAGUUUUUCUUCAUAGCUCUGGAUUUUAAUAUGUAUAAUUUACAGUAAUGAUAAUAAAUGGAGUAGUGGUGUAAUUAUAAUAUUAUCAUUUCACAGAUGAUUACGGAAAUAAUAUCGAAUGACUGAGUAGUUGAAAAGGUGAUCGAAUACGUGUGGUUAACUUCCUAACUGUUGGUUGAUAGCUCAACAAGUGUAUCUAUGGGGACUUGACAUUCUGACGUCGUCCGUCCUUUUGAUCUUCACAUAAAGCAACAAACUGUUGGGUCGGUCCCCGAGAACUACAACGAAGCCUCCAGAGGCCCUAGAGGAGCCGGAGUUCCAGCCAAUCAGAACACAAUGGAGCCUUCUAGAAUAUCGACGUGGCAUGCUACUAUUGGUUAGUAGCAUAAUAUAUCCUAGCAGAUUGGCCAAAAUCUAAUGUUGAUUUAACGAAUGCUAAUAUCUAUAAAUACUCGUGUUUUUCUGUACAAGAAAGAACCUUUGAAGUAAAGUGCUUCUCGCAUAAAAAAGAAAAUUGUUAUAGCUUGUGACCCGUGUGCCCUGUUUAUUGCAUAACGUAACGAUACCGCCAAUUAAAGAGCAGGUUCGGCAUCGUGUUCGGACACAGAGAUGAUAAUGCAAUCGAUGUCAUCAUCUUGGGACACCGACUUCGGUGGCUUGGACAUGUUCUACGAAUGCCGUCCCAGAGAACUCCACGUCGUGCAUUAUUUGCGGACGCUGGGACUGGUUGGAAAAGCAGGAGAGGUGGUCAGUAUAUGACAUGGUGUCGUGGUAUGAAAGAAAGUUGCAAAGGGCUGGCUUCUGUUGGCUCUUCACGACUACCUGGUUGGGGUCCGAAAGAUGGUGCAACACAGUGGCUAGAGACGUUAUCAGAUAUGGCUCAGAAUAGAAGCCAGUGGCGAUCCUGCUGUAACCUUCUUUUAAUUUCUUCAUAAAAAGUGGUUGUUUCUUCCUUAACUGAAAGAUUUCUUCUGAUUGUACCUUUCCGUUUCCUCAUUAUUACUAUUACACUACCUUACACUAAUCUGUUCGUUGUUGUUCUUUUUUCCCCCUCCUCUUCGAAUUCUCAUUGUUUUGUGUGGCGCUCUUGUACAAAGAUUUAUGUGUUCAAAUAAAUAAAUAAAACGACGUCAUCUGAUUCGAUUGGAG